ACUAUAUAAGAGCGCCUGUGAUAGUGGUCCAACCCUCCACGUGGCUGCGCUGCCGUCGACCUGAUAAUGGGGGUGCCUCGCAAGGCGAAACGGGGACGAUUCGGCCAGUAGCAUGCCGCCUCUUGUAGUGUGAACGUCGAGUGAGCUUUCGUGGCGAAAGAACGCAACUCCACACCUAAUUUUGCAACUCCAGUUGUACCAGUGACCGGAAAUCCAAGAGGGUGGCUCUCGCCGUGACGAGGACAAUCCGAGACGAAACGGCGUCGUCGAUAAUUAGUAGUCGCUGCAACCUGGGUGCAUUAACGUCGCCUAACGACCGAAAGAAGACCACGAAGCCGAUGACAAUGCAACGCUCGGAGCAAGGGCAGUGAAAGAUGGUGGACAAGAAAGAGUUGAGCAUAACGAAGGCGAGGGCGCCGCCACCGCCGUUGAACCUCAGCGAGGCAAUCGAGGAUGAAGUACUGAACCAAAAGACUGCUAGAAUUCUUAAGAAUGAUCUUCUCCUACACGAGGCUGUGAUAAAGAACGAAGCGGACACCGUUCGCAAAGUACUUAAGGAGACUGUCGACGUAGAUUCGAGAAAUAAUUAUGGUCGUGCUCCGAUUCAUUGGGCAGCAUCUAGGGGAAACACGGAAAUUAUUGAAAUGUUGAUACAAGCCAAAUGCGACAUCGAGGCGAAAGAUAAGUAUGGAAUGCGUCCUUUACAUAUGGCCGCCCAACACGGACACCAGGACGCGGUGAAGAUGUUGAUAAACGCUGGGGCAAAUGUAUCCGCAGUUAACAAGAAACAAUACACCCUCUUAAUGUGUGGUGCUCGUGGCAGCAACGUAGGCGUGGUGGAAUACCUCGCGGAAGCUGUGGAAUCGUUAAACGGUGAGGCCACCGACUGCACCGGUGCAACUGCUCUUCACCACGCAGCUGUUGCGGGGCAUCCUGCUGUUAUAACAGCACUGUCUAACAUACCACAUAUCGUACUCGACGCGACGGACAAGAAGGGACAAACACCGAUGCACUGUGCCUGCGCCCAUGAGCAUCUGGAAGCUGUCGAAGUCCUUAUAGGAUUAGGCGCGAACGUAGAUGCCCAGGAUAACGACGGUAAUACACCCCUUCACGUAGCCACCAGAACCAGGCACACAGGAAUCGCGCAAUUGUUACUAAAGGCUCGAGCGAACACCGAACUCACCGAUGCGGUGGGCUUCACUCCUCUUCAUGUUGCCGCGAGUCAAGGAUGUAAAGGAAUACUUGACUCAAUGAUUCAGCACGGGGCUGAUCUUAACAAGCAAUGCAAGAACGGCAAUACAUCUCUACAUCUGGCCUGUCAGAACAACGAAGUAGACACGGUAGAAAUAUUAAUUAACAAAGGUGUUGAUCUUAAUUGUUUGAAUUUGAGACUACAAUCGCCUAUUCAUAUCGCGGCCGAAAUGGGACACACGGACAUCUGCGAAUUACUUCUUGCAGCAGGUGCGAAUAUCGAGCAGAAAGAACAGAGCGGCCGGACACCACUUUACAUAGCGGCGAGGGGCAGUUUCACGGCCAUUGUCGACAUGAUCAUUAAAACUGCAAGACUGGAUUAUCCGACCCUGGAGAUUUCAAACUCCGACAAGGAGGCACGAGAGUUAACCCCAGCGCGAAGACGAUGGAGAGAAGGCUCGCGCGGCGGUAGCGUUUCCAGCAACAAUAGCGGCCUAUCCGAGCAUGUACGAUCCGUUCUCUGGAAGCUGGCCUAUAAACAGUUGGCACCUGACGAUUGGAAGAAAUUAGCUCUCCACUGGGCCUUCACCAACGAUCAAAUCAGAGCUAUUGAGCAUCAGUAUACGGUGCACUUAGGGCAGCCUUAUGAAAAGGACGAUAAAGCUCCAAUUGUAGGUCCUUCGAGCUACAAAGAGCACGGAUUUCGAAUGUUACUCAUCUGGGCUUCCGGAUUAAACCCCGACGUGCCACUGGUGAAAGAGCUCUGCGAAGCUUUGUCAGCGGUAGACAAGAAAGCGAUUGCCGAUUCCGUUCGCAAGCAGAUGGAGCAGGAAAAUGCCAACAAGGCAAAAUCGAAGAGCCGACGAUGUCAUAAGUGCUCUAUCGCGUGAAUAUCCACGAGAAUGCCAAACUCGACUUAUUCACAUGUGUGUAUGUAUAUACACGAGGAUUUAACGGAUGUUGUAACGUAUAUCGUAAUAGUUCUGUUACUAUUGUAAACUUUCUAUAUAAUAGUAUGAAAAAUUCUCAGAAGAUUGACGAAUGCCAAACACGACGAUCACUCAAAAUCACGUAUGGAUCUCAUAUAUAAUUCACACUUACCUUUUAUACCAAUGAUGGACAGUGUUCCGCAGUUUUUGGUGACACAAACAACGAUUAUAAUUUACGAUGCAGAAGUAGUCACCGUUGAUUCGAAGCGUAUGCGCACACACAUUAUCGAAAUCUUUGCAAAAUCACGAAAUCAGGAUCAGAAACGUGAUUCAACGAAGCUCAUACAUUGUGUAAAUCAGUACAAUUUCUUAACCAAAAACCUUCAAGCCUGCACAGUCUAAUAGACUCAACAAAAGAUUCACUGUCGUUGAAAACAAAUUACAGACGGUUCCAUGAGAUGAGAAUCACGUCCAAGGAAAAUCCACGUGAACAUAGAAACGAUGUCACGAUGGAUAUUUAACUUUUAAAUGUAAUAAUAUCAUGAUAAAUAUUUGACCUUUAGACAAAAGUAAAUUAUUGAAGUAAAUGUAAAUCGAGUAUGUCCCAAUGUAAAUGAAACAUUGAUAUAUUUGAAUUUAAUAUUUCUAAAGGAAAAUCUUUGAAAUUUUAUUAAAAGAUAUUUCUUUACAUAUAUGACAAUGUGUAUAAUAUAUUGUUAAAUAAGUAUUCAAUCAUUGAGUUUAUAUUAUUGGGUAAUUAGGACAUGAUCCAUUUUCCAGUUCGAUUAUUGACACAACCGGCACUGUCUAAUAUCUUAUUAAAAUUAUAAUCAGUAUUUAUAGAUUGUGUAUUUUAUCUUUCUAUUAUUUUUCAAACAAACCAAAGUUUUAUAUAAACAUUAUUUUUGUUAGUAAUUCCAUUAAUUAUUUAUUGAUAAAAAUGCCAUUAAUUAUGUAUUGAUAAAACUGAUCGCACUUUCUUAUUAGUACAGUCAUUGGAACAAUUUACCUUACCAACUUUUAAAUUCGAAAUUAGCGAUUAAUUGAAAUUUAGUAUGCUGAGAAAUAAUAAAUAAUCAAAGUAUAUAGACCUCAUGCUAUUCUGCGCAUUUAAUAUGAUAACACGAAUAUCUGGUCAAAGAAGAAAAGAGAAAUUAUAAGAUGAAACUCAAUUGGAGUAAAAUUUCCACAAAAUAAAUCACACCCUAUCAUAUCAUUGUCGGAUAAGCGAUCUCACUCACGGUGACGACACCGAGACAAAUUUCGAAAAUUCAAAAUAUAUAAGAACGACGCGAAGAAAAGUAUUUGAAGAGCGAGAUACUAAACAAUUAUAUACGUACGAAACUAAACCGUCCUGUGUGUGAGCAACUCUAAUCUUAAUUUAUAGACGACUCGAGUUUAUCACAAUUCCAUUUACUCUCGCGAUUUAUUUUAUAUAGAAAUGUCUUAUGUGCCACGCGGUAACUUGUAGAAACGUGAAUACAGUUAGUACAGAAACGAUUGAUUAUCGAAGCGGUACAAUUGUAAAAUCAAAGUAACAAUCAGACGUAUAGAGACUUUUUUGGAAUAAAUCAUAACGCAUAGGGUAAAUGUGAGAGUAAAUUUUUUCAGGGCUUUCGAUGUGAUAAGAAGUUAUUAGACUAUUAGAUUUCGAUAACGAGUAUAUAACAGCGUGUCGAUAGCAUUUAUCGUGCAAUUUUCGAAAGACACACCUGUACACAAAAUCCACAUAUCUGAAAACUACAAGUCUAAAUAGAUUUAAUCAAUUGCGGAUGAAAAUGUGUCUAAUUUCAUGUUACGUCGUGGUAUUUUGUAAAUUAGAAAUUAUAGAAUUUCCAGUCAAAUAAAGUCGUAACUAUAAACUUUCAAACGAAACGCAGAUCACUUUUCUACUCUACUGCGUAUUUGGUUUAUAUAAUUUUACAAUGUCAAAACUACAUUAUAUUAAGAAUAAAAACCUAUAUGCGAGAAAAGAAUAUAUAAGAGAAUUGAGUACAGAAAUACUUAUUUUUCGAUUUCCGUCUGUACUUUAAUUUCUCAAAUUUUUCGAUAAUUGUUAGCGGUAACAUAGAAUAGCAACAAUGCGAAAGACAAUGUAUAUAAUAUACAUAUACGCGUAUGUAUAUGUAUAUAGACAAACAUACCGCUUGAUAAGAAAUCAAUGGACUUCCGAAGCUGCUUUCUGAAAGUACGAUUUUACAAAAGUGUACAUAUCUCUUAUUGAUGUAAUAAAUCGUUGUAU